CCGUUGCCCUGGCAACCGAUUAGGCGUCACCACUCUCGCCUGCGAAUUGAUGAGUUCGCAGAUCUUCCGGUAGGAGAGGAGGAGAGAGGAGACAAGGAGUUAAGGAGAUAAGGAGGCAGCCGCCGCUCCAUGGAGCCUGGUUCAUGAAACACAGCGACCCCGAUGUCUGUCCCCGUGUGUCCGGGCCGCGUGUGUUCGUGCUGUAGCGGAGGAGCUGGACCAGAACAACACCGCUGCUAACGUUGCUAACGCUGCCCAGCGUCUGCAGCCAACAUGGCAGAGGACGACAGCGACUGGGUCGUGGAGAGCAUCGUGGGCUACCUGGGGAGCCCCGAGUGGGUCAUCCCCGUCACGGAUUUCAUGGAAAACAAAUGCACGGUUUUUGAUGACGAAGAUGAAAAUAAGUUAUCAUACACAGAAAUUCAUCAGCAGUAUAAGAAGUUGGUGGAGAAGCUGUUAGAGAAUUACAUGCAGGAGGUUGGCAUCAACGAGCAGCAGUUUCUGGAUGCGUGCUCCUCUCCCUUUGCCAAGUCCAAAACUCUACAGUCGGUUUUCCAGCCAGUUCUGGCCACAGAUGACUUCCAAAUGUUCCGCUCGCUGAUGGUUCAGAAGAAUAUGGAACUACAACUUCAAGCCCUCAGGGUCAUUAAAGAGAGAAAUGGGGCGCUUCCAGAGUGUCUGACUGAUGGUGUGGAUGUGAUGACAGAGUUGCAGCAGCAAGAGAUGAAAAUCCUGCAAGAGGUUCUCAAAAAAUCAAAAGAGGAGUAUGAAGAGCAAAUGUCCAGGAGGCUGCUGUUCAAGGAAGGCGUGGGUUCCACCUCCAGCAACUGCUCUGAUAUGCCAAUGGCAGAGAGCGACAGAGCCCAGAAUACCACCUCUGCUCCCAGCCAGCAACGCACCAAUGCCAAGGUGCAACAUGUAGUAACGCCUAUGGAUCCUUGUGUCCAGGUCAACGGCAACCCUGUCAGAAAAGACGAGAGGAAGACAACUGACCCCGGAGGUGGAGAUGAAAAAGGUUCAGCCAAGGGCAGGUCCAAACUCAUACCAGAUUGUAGCAGUAACAGUGUGGAGUCCAGAGUCCUUCCAGCAGUGAGAGCUCCAGUAAAGUCUGGCGAGCCCUCCGUCAGCAGCCUUCCUCGGACCACAGAGCAGAGCAGCAGCAGGAGCCAGACUGCAGCCGAAACGUGUCUGGAGGAGGCACAUAGGGAGGCUGGCUUCUCUAAGCCAUUUACUGAGUUGUCAGCGUCACAGCAGGAGCAGCUCCAGCAGAGGGCAGCAUAUCUGUGUCAGCAGCGAGACAAGCUGCACGCGCUGAAGAAAGAGCAGCAGAAAACCAAGCAGACCACCACAUCAGAGCAGGCACCCACACCUGCACCCACACCAGCACCCACCACCACCCCGGAGGCAGUGGGGCAGUCCCAGAGGAAUGGGGCCUGUACCCCUCCUCUUCCUCCGCCUACUCCUGCACAGCACUCUGCUAACUCGUCCAGACAGAAGGAAAUAUCUGCUGAGGAGAAGAAGAAGCUCCAGAAGAGAAAACAUCUUGCCGACAAGCUGAAAGAGGAAGUGAUAAAGAAAUAACUUCCCACUCCAACUGUACUCCAAGGAUCAAACACUUUGCAACCUUCGCUUUACCUCCGUCAGUCAGAUAAUUCACUCUAAACAACACAUUUCAAGAUAUUUCUGAAAGAGACUUCCAGAGUAUGAGAUCUUCCCUUCCCUGAGCUUUUCUCCGGGCAGUCUACAGAGGAAACCUCCGCUCAUACCAGGCCACACAAGUAUUAUACAAUUGGUUAAUUACAAAUGUUUGACCAAGAGAGUUCAGAGAAUAUCACACACACACCGACUCAGUCGAUGUUACCAGUGGAGAAGUCAGAUUACUCUUAUUUGACUUCUACUUUACUCGAUGUACGAGGCCUGUGUCCAACACAUCACUCCUCAUUCAGCACAGAGGACGACAUGAAAUGUGUUCUGUUCAAACUGAAUUGCAAAAUUUACCCACUACGUAAUGUCCUCAAAACUAUAAUUGUAUGCAUUUGUCAAACGGGCGAGUUAAUGUGCGAGAGGACUUCAUUGAGAGUCCAGGGUCGAGGCGAUGGUAGCAUUAGCCACCACAGGUGUACAGUCUUGUUUCCCACUGUCGUUAGCUUCCCCACUGGGAACAGUCAUAUAGCUGAGAGCACAGUAGCAGCUCAGCCUGGUCAGAGGGCACCGUGCACAGUGUCACAAUGAGCACACCGCCGCGUGUUCUUUAAGGGGCCAAGAGAACGGCGCCACGCUUUCUACUAGGAACGCCGUAAUCUGCAGUCUUCACUUUAAGCAAUCAUGAUGCAGUUUCUAUGUAACGUUAUCAGGUAUGCUGUUUAAUAAAUCACAUUUUAUAGAAAUAA